GAUUUUUUUUUCCAGGUGGCGAGGCAGUGUAUACAAAUUAGUAUGGAGGGAGCUUGUGGCAUACUUAGCAAUCUAUUUUAGUAUUAAUUUUACAUAUAGAUACGCGUUAACUGAGCAACAACAAAGAACGUUCGAAAUCGUACGACAAUACUUUUAUAAACAUAGUGAGAAUAUUCCAAUGGCAUUCGUGCUUGGAUUCUAUGUAACGCUGGUAGUGAAGAGGUGGUGGGAGCAGUACAGGCUUCUUCCAUGGCCCGAUACACUGGCGCUUUUUGUUUCAGCGGCCAUCCCCGGAGUGGAUGAGCGAGGCAGAUUGAUGCGUAGGACUAUCGUGAGAUAUGCUAUCCUAGCGUACGUCAUUACGUUAAAACACGUAAGUGUUCGUGUGAAGAAGCGGUUUCCGACACUACAGCACAUUGUCGACGCUGGUCUCAUGAUGGAGAGCGAGAAGAAGAUCUUCGAGAUGCUGGACGAAAGGCACCCGAUGGCGAAGUACUGGCUUCCUCUGACCUGGGCGACCAACAUCAUCAACAGGGCCCGGAAGGAUUCCUUGAUAUCCUCCGACCAUCUCGUACAGACCAUCCUCAUGGAAAUGUCUGAUAUCAGGUGGAGGUUGGGCAGCCUCAUCGGCUACGAUAACGUCACGGUCCCCCUCGUCUACACACAGGUUGUGACAUUAUCAGUAUAUAUUUACUUCAUGGCAGCACUCAUUGGGAGGCAAUUCGUCACUCCAGUGGCAGGAGCCAACCUCAUUGACAACAUAGACAUCUAUUUUCCAGUAGUUACUGUACUUCAGUUUUGUUUCUACAUCGGAUGGUUGAAGGUUGCUGAAGUGCUCAUAGGUCCAUUUGGCGAAGACGAUGACGACAUCGAAUUGAACUGGCUCAUCGACAGGCACAUCAAGGCCGCUUACAUGAUCGUUGAUGAGAUGCACGAGGAACAUCCAGAGCUCCUGAAGGACCAGUACUGGGACGAAGUUGUACCAAGGGACUUACCUUACACCCUGGCCUCCGAGUGCUACCGCAAGUCCGAACCCAAGGGGUCGGCGGAAUUUUACAAAGUGAAGCAAACAGAGGCGCUCUAUGCUAACCUGACUCACAGGAAAUCUGUCGGCCAGCCAGACGAAUACGCCGAUUACGAAAGUGUUGACACUCCGAUUGUUGAAAGAAGAAAGAACUGGUUCCAGCGACAGGUGCAGAGAAUGAGCUCUGUACGCCGCUCUUCUUCGACAACUUAUAGCUCUGGUCUUUUUGGUGGAACAAGAUCGAGGCACAACUCAGUUUAUGCCACACCAAAUGAGGGUGGAAUACUGCCUACGUCUGGACAUUUUCCACCACUGCCAAUUCCUACUAGCCAUCAGCCAGCAACUCACAAAAUGUCUAUUUACGAUCGACUUCUAAGAAGAAAAUCUACACGAAGAGGACCAGGUAUAUUGAAUGGGAAUAUGCCACCAACGUCACACAGGAACAGGCCUAGAAUACCAACUCCUGAUGUAGGCAAAGAUGGUGUGGAUAAGGAUAAUAAAUUUGUAUUCCCCCAUAAUAACAAUAAUAACCACAUGGGAAAUGGCAAUGUCAGUGCUCAACCAGUACAAAAUACUUUUGUUUUAACUGAAGCUCCACAAAUCAUGCAAGUUUUACUACCCAUUGCUGAAGCAGAUGGAAACCAAUCAACUAUAACUUCAACUGGGAGCACAGCAGCCCUGGCACAAGCUGUUCUAUCACCGACUUUGAAAUCUGCAGGUUUUAUAACACAACCAGUAACAGUGGCAACUGUUACUCAACCAACAGUAGCUAUUACUGGUCCAAUCCUUCCAGGAAUUUUGACCACAAACAAUAGUGGUGGAAGUGUGAAAAUAACAGAAAUCACAGAAGAUAGCGGCUGUGGCAGCUCAAAUGGAAGCCCAUCCAGUGGGGAAGAUAGAAGUAGGAAGACUAGCACUACUUCUCAAAGAAGGGGAGAGGUGUAUGUGUAGUGUCAACUAUCUAAAACUUUAGAAUUCCUUUAAUAAAUUCAGUGAUAAAACUAUAAGUUUGAAUACCAAUUCUGUAAAUUAGUGUUUUAAUAUUUUGUAAAUAUUGAAUGUACAGACUAGAUCAAUUUUUUAAACAUUGAUUUAUUUGUGAUCAAAUUAUAUAUAUAUAUAUGUGUUGACUGUUGGGUUAUUUUUUGAACCUCUGUAGUCAAUAAUAAAAUUAUUUGAAACAGAAUGGUAGGCCAAACAACCAAUGAGCUCAAAGGGAAUUUUUUUCUAAAUAAUUAAAUUUAUGCUAUAUUCUUAAUAGUUCUCUAUUAAGGUUAGUGGGAAACUAGCAGUCGUAUUUAUAAAUAAGGAAUUAGGAACAAAAUUUAGGUAGAAUUUUAGUUCCAAAAUGAAGAAAAAUAAAGAAGUAUUUUGGAUCUGGAAGUUACCUCUGUUUUGAGUGCAUUUUCACUCUGGUAAUACUUUACCUCACUGUAAAUAAAGCCAUUUGAUGUGUAAGUCUUUGUGAUUAUUUAACUGUAAUUAUUUGUUUGCAUUAGUAAAAUAAGUAUGUGGGGAAAGUAAGGGUACUAUAAAAUAAUCAUUUAUAAAUAAUUUAUGCAAAAUUCUAAAUGAAAAAAAAAAUUUAAGAAUGUUUACCAAUAAAUAAGAUGUAAUCUUUGCAGAAAUAAAUUUAAGACUGGUUUGCAGAUAUUGUUUGAUUAAAACAACAAAUCUGUGAAGGAAAACUAUUUAUUUUUUAAUUAAUAUCAAGAAUUUUUAUUUUAAUAUGGAGUGUGAAUACAAAUUUCUUGAAGUAGAAAAGAUUUAAAUAUCAAAGUGAUACAAAAUACAUUUAAAAUAAUUACGGACUUUUAUUUAUUUAUGAGACAUUUGUAUUUUAAAAGUAUUUAUUUGUUUUAAUUUUAUUUGAUUAUUGUAAGAUUAGGUUAGGCAACUUGGCACAAUGUCAUGGGAAUUGUUUGAUAUUGUUUGCACCAGUAAAAAGGCUGUGUAAUAAGUACUGUUGUGCCAUGUACAUGGUCAGAACAUUUAUUUUUAUAUAUUUUUUCAAAUAAAUGUCUGAUUGGACUAUGAUGUAAAACUACAAUGAACUUUUUUAUCUGUAUUGAUAACAUAUGCUUGGUAAAUUAUUGUAUUAUUAUCAAUGUGCAAGGGAAUAAAGAAGCAAUUGUGUAAGAUGGUAAAAUUUAAAUAAUAUGUAAGCAAUGAGAGCUUUUUAUUUGUAUUUAAGUCAUGAAAAAAAUGUGAUUAUUAUUAUUGUUAUGUAAUCUUGUUUUAUCAUAAUGAAAAUUAUGAAGAAAAAUAAUGUAAAUACGAUUUUGUAUCUAUACUAUAAGCUGAAAUUUUUUUUAAAAAUAAAUAAAAAAUUUAAAACUUGAAAAAGAGUAAGUAAUUGGAUGCAUAGAACUGAACUGAUAUAGUUGAAUUUUACAGUUUUAUCCACUUCAAGUAAAUUGAAAUUCAGUUUAUUGUACAUUACUUUCUCAAACAAAAAAAAUUAAAGUAAAUAUUUAUAAAUAUCUGUAUUCUUAUUUUAUUUAAAACUUUAAUAAUAAAAGAUCAAUUUAAUGUGAUCUGACAGACAAUGUAUAGAAUCUGAUUAUUCCUAUCAUCUAUAAACAAAUUUAUGAACCCGAAUGGCUGAAUGACUACAGUCCUAUCGAACUGAUAUAUUGUUUUCUUUGUUAUUAGUUAUAGUCUUUGAAUUUAAGGAAUAUGUAGAUAUGCCCAUUCAAGCCAAUGGAUAUGGGUAAUGAGUAAAAAAUUAUUAUUGGUGUAAUUGCCACAUGUAUAAAUAUGAUACUAGAAAAUCUGUAUUCAAUUUAGGUUUAUAAUUGAACAGAAUAUAGAAGUUAGAACUAGAAAUUAAGAUAAUAAAUAUAGAUAAUUUAUCAUUGUUUGAUUGUGUAUAUGUUAAAAUAAGAAAAUAGCCGUCCAUGUAUUAUUUUUGUAUAUAUGAUGCAUACAAAUAAAUAACUAAAUUGAUUCUUUAUGAUUUCUAUUGACAAGAUUAAACCAUAACAAAAUCUAUACCUGUGUCAAUUAGUAAUUUGAAAAUGUACUCUCUAACAAAGCGUUUUUAUU